UUACAAAGAUGGGGUUGUUAUACCUGUUGUCUUUCACAACCUGGGCGGAUAUGACUCACACUUCAUUUUGGAGAAUAUUGCAAAUGAUAUGCCGGGUAGAGUCGACGUGCUUCCGAUAACUAAGGAAAAAUACAUUUCAUUCACUAAAAAUUUAGAUCAAAAUUUAAUUAAAUUCCGAUUUAUCGAUUCAUUCCGUUUUAUGGCUUCAUCGUUGGAUACUCUUGCAUCAUACAUGACCGAAUUUCCAAAUUUAAAAUCAGAGUUUUCCGAACUAGCCGACGAUGAGUUUAAUUUAUUAACUAAAAAAGGCGUGUAUCCAUAUGACUUCAUGGACAGCUUUGAAAAAUUUAAUUUCCAGUCUUUGCCGGAACAGCCGCACUUUUAUAGCCGUUUAGAGGAGAAGAACAUUUCAAGUAAACAGUUCGCGCACGCGCAGAAAGUUUGGAAUACAUUCAAAAUUCAAAAUUUAGGUGAGUACACGGACUUGUACAUGAAAACAGACAUUUUACUUUUGGCUGACGUGUUUGAGCAGUUUCGAAGCAGUUGUCACAAGACAUACGGCCUCGAUCCCGCUAAUUACUACACUUUACCUGGCUAUACCUGGGACUGUAUGCUGUUUAAGACAAGCCAGACUUUGGAAUUGUUGACCGAUAUCGAUAUGUUAAUGUUUGUCGAACGAGGUAUUCGCGGCGGAUUGAGUCAAUGCUCUAAACGUAAAAGCGCGGCUAAUAAUAAGUAUCUUCCAAAUUUCGACCCCAGUAAACCGAUAAAAUAUUUAGCAUAUUUCGACAUCAACAAUCAAUACGGUUGGGCCAUGAGUCAGUACUUGCCAUAUGGAGGGUUCGAGUGGGUAGAUUCCAACAUCGACGUCACCAACGUAUCAGACACAUCGUCUGUAGGCUAUUUGCUUGAAGUAGACCUUGAAUAUCCGGCUCAUUUACAUGACACACAUAAAGAUUUGCCACUAUGCCCCGAACAUAGCGCUCCUCCCGGAUGCAAAAAUUUUAAACUUUUGGCAACUCUUCAUAACAAGACGCGGUACGUUAUCCAUUAUAGAGCUUUAAAACAAGCAUUAAAGCAUGGGCUUAAGCUUACAAAAAUUCACCGCGUACUAAAAUUUAAUCAGUCUCCAUGGCUUAAGUCUUACAUUGAUCUGAAUACAGCAUUACGUCAGACAGCUAAAAACGACUUUGAAAAAAAUCUAUUUAAGCUUAUGAAUAAUGCUGUGUUCGGAAAAACGAUGGAAAAUAUAAGAAAACACUCAAUCGUUAAAUUGGUUAAUAAAUGGGGUGGGCGCUAUGGUGCGGAGGCCUUAAUCGCGAAGCCAGAGUUCAAGGCUGCCACAAUUUUCAAUGAAAAUUUGGUGGCUAUAGAACUCAACAAGUCAGAGGUCUUCUUCAACAAACCUAUAUACAUUGGGAUGUCGAUUUUAGACCUAGCCAAAACCACCAUAUAUGAUUUCCAUUAUGAUUAUAUGGUGUCCGAGUUUGGUGAUGACUGCUCAGUCCUUUAUACCGACACCGACUCGCUGAUAUAUGAAAUCGGCGAUAAAGAUGUCUAUGAAGUCAUGCGUCGCGACUGUCACACCCGGUUCGAUACAAGUGAUUACCCUGCAGACAAUAGGUAUAACAUCCCUCAAGUUAAUAAAAAAGUUCUGGGAAUGAUGAAGGAUGAGUUUAACGGCAUCCCUAUGGAACUUUUCGUAGGUCUUAGGUCCAAAAUGUAUACCGUUAAACGUGCUGUUGACAUGGCUUUAACAAAAAAGAUCAAGGGCAUAAAAAAAUCUGUAAUCAAAAACGUCAUCACGCUCGAGGAUUACCUCGAGUGUGUCGAUAAUUUCAAAGACAAAUACAUCAGUCAAAAUUUAAUUAGAUCUGAAAAACAUGCAGUCUUCACGAUGACUCAAGAAAAAAUAGCCUUGAGUCCACAUGAUGAUAAGCGAUAUUUGAUUGAGGGGUCAUAUGAGACGCUGCCAUGGGGGCACUACAGUAUUAUGGAACAAUGAACGAAGA